UCUUUGUUUCUUUUUCUUCAACAGUGAUAACUAUACAAGAAUCCUAGAAAGAAACCAACAGCAAAAAAACCUCAUUUUGUUUCAUCUCAUCUCAUCAGAAGAAAAAUGGGUUUUUUGGCUCUAGUCAUUUCAUUACUAACAUUUAUCUUAAUAACCCUUUUAAGUUCUAACUCUGUAGCUCUAACUCAAGAUGGUAAGGCAUUGUUGGAAAUCAAAGGGUUUUUGAAUGACAGUAGAAGAUUACUUGAUAACUGGGUAUAUACUGAUGAAUCUCCUUGUAGCUGGACUGGAAUCACUUGUCAUAAGAAUGACAAUCUUGUUAGUUCUAUAAAUUUAGCAAAUAUGCAGCUUGGAGGGAUAAUAUCUCCUAGUCUUGGAAAGCUUAGGAGAUUGCAGAGAUUGGCACUUCAUCAGAAUAGCUUGCAUGGAACCAUUCCUACUGAAAUUUCUAAUUGUUUGGAACUCAGGGCAUUGUAUUUAAGGUCUAAUUAUCUUCAAGGAAGUAUACCACCUGAGCUUGGAAAUCUUACAAAUCUUAUCAUAUUGGAUAUAUCGAGCAAUUCUCUUAAGGGAUCCAUACCUCCCUCCAUUGGUCGUCUUACUCGGUUGCGCUUUUUAAACUUGUCAACUAACUUUUUCUCCGGUGCAAUCCCAAAUGUUGGAGUUCUUGUCGGUUUUGGGAACAAGUCGUUCAUUGGAAAUUUAGACCUUUGUGGCCUGCAACUUCAGAAGCCAUGUCUUGGAUCACUAGGGUUCCCUGCAGUCUUACCACACACAGAAAAAGAUGAAACAGCAGUUCCUUCUAAGCUAUUUUCUCGUUAUCUCAAUGGAGUUCUUAUUGCUGCAAUGUCUACAAUGGGUCUUGCACUUCUUGUGCUGCUAAGUUUCCUAUGGAUUUAUUUACUAUCAAAGAAGGAAAGAACAGCAAAGAAGUACAGGGAAGUCAAUAAACAAGUUGAUCCCGACCCAAGUGCAAGGCUUAUUACUUUCCAUGGCGACCUUCCAUAUUCCUCAUCUGAGAUCAUUGAAAAGCUCGAGUCACUCGAUGAAGAACAUGUAGUGGGGUCUGGAGGAUUUGGCACUGUAUACAGAAUGGUUAUGAAUGAUUGCAGUACAUUUGCUGUUAAAAGGAUAGAUAGGAGUCGAGAAGGAUGUGAUGAAGUUUUUGAGAGAGAACUUGAGAUUUUGGGCAGUAUCAAUCACAUAAACCUUGUUAAUCUUCGAGGUUACUGUAGACUUCCUUCUGCCAAGCUUCUUAUCUAUGAUUAUCUGGCUUUGGGUAGUCUAGAUGAUUUACUUCAUGAAGAUGGUGAAGAAGAACAGGUCUUGAACUGGAAUUCUCGUUUAAGGAUAGCCCUUGGCUCAGCACGAGGAUUGGCUUACUUACACCAUGAUUGUUGUCCGCGUAUAGUUCACCGCGACAUAAAAUCUAGCAAUAUACUCCUUGAUGAAAAUCUAGAACCACGAGUGUCUGAUUUUGGCCUUGCUAAAUUUUUGGUUGAUGAGGAUGCACAUGUCACCACUGUCGUUGCUGGAACAUUUGGUUAUUUAGCUCCAGAAUAUCUGCAAAGUGGACGGGCAACUGAGAAAUCGGAUGUUUAUAGCUUUGGAGUUCUCUUGUUAGAGCUUGUAACUGGAAAGAGACCUACUGAUUCGACCUUUAUCAAGAGGGGAUUGAAUGUUGUUGGUUGGAUGAACACUAUGGUGGGAGAGAACAGGUUAGAGGAUAUUGUGGAUACAAGGUGUACAGAUGCCAAUGUGGACACUUUAGAAGCGCUUCUUGAGAUUGCUGCAAAAUGCACCGAUGCCAAUCGAACUCUACAGAUGCUAGAAGAGGUUAUGUCACCUUGUCCUAGUGAAUUCUAUGAAUCUCAAUCGGAUUAUUGUUGAAAGUGGACAUUUAGCUUAAGUGAUGUUGUAUAGGGUUUCUGUAUAUGAGUUUUAUGUAAGAUAAUAGGUGUUAUACAUUUGGAAUGCAUUUAGAGAUUUUCCCAGUAGUAGAAUCAGUACCUCUACUUGCAACUAGUGGUGUGGUAAGCGCUUACGCCUGCCUGUUUACUUUUUCUUCUCCUGUGUAAAUUUUUGUGUUCCGUUUUGUAUAUCUUGCUUUGCACUCCGCAAUUUUCUUCGUUCUUAUCCCCUUUUAGUACGUCAUUUUAUUCUUUUUCAUUCUGGACGGUUAGUUAAAAUAACCUGUCUAUUCUUCCAUCCUGACUUUUGUGUAAUCCAUUUUAAUAUGCGGCAAUCUCAUCACUUACACGGCUCUAAUGUGGAGUCGAAGCAGCUAUUUUUAUUCAUUUAAAGUUGCGUAAUGUUAAGAAGAAGAUACCAUGAAAAUUUUCUCCAACUAAAGUGAAAUCCUGCAUUUGGCAAGGCUUAGGCCGGCACUUUCAGCUUUUAAAAUCUUCUUGUUAAAAUGUCCUUAGAACAAAUCGGUGGAGCUUUGGUGGGAGAAACAGUAUCAGAUCUACUGAUAACAGUUCUUGAUGCCAAGGAUAAAGCAUUGAGUUUCAAUCCUUGCUUAGAACGACUAAAGAGUACAUUAGAAUCAGUGAUACCCAAAGUUGCAGAGAUGAAGCGACUAGAUCAAGCAAGAGGGAGCGAUCAUAGACAAAGACCGGAACUAAAGAAAUUGGUACAUGCGUUAAGGGAAGGGAAACUCCUAAUUAAGAGUUGUUCAGAAGUUAAGUCUUGGGAUUUCUACUCGAAAAAGAAGUAUUCGGAGAAAAUACUUGAACUGGAUAGUUACUUGUUCAGGUGUUUUCAAGUGGAUGUGCAAGCCGCAAUAUGGUGUGAUGUUGGACAGCUCUUGGUUAGUAUUCACAAAGUUGACCAGAUGUUGGAUCUCUUGGCGGCAGAAAAAGGAAUUAGCAGCAUUAGCAUCAACAGUGAUAGUACUGAGAAUCCCGUUCAGAUUCAACAUAGCAGCAGCCGAGAUGUAAUAAGAGGAGGUUUGGUCAAUGAUGUUUUUCGUGAUCGUGGUGAGGGAGGUGUUGCGACCAUUUCCCCAAUGGCAAGCACUUCCACAUGUUGUCCGUACAUGGACUCUACCGGAUCAAACAGAUACAUCGCCGAAGUUCUGAAAAUCAACUAUCAGAGUGGAAAACCUCGGAAGGCAAAAACAAGGAUGAGGAAGUUUGGCUUCUCCUUUCUUAUGCAAUCAUGGAGACUCGAAAAUCGGAGAACAACCGUGCCUCCAACAACCUUGAAAUUUCAAUGGGUGACAUAAUUUUGCAUGUAAAAUGGAGUUCUUUGUUCUUAUGGGGACAGGGCCGUCUUAGGCCUAGAGCGGGAUGGCCGACAGCCCUAGGCUCAACUGUUUGACGGGCCUCAAUCAAAUUUUCCAUUUGAUAGCCAUGUUUGAACUUUGAACCUCUCUUUGCAUUUUAAAUUGCACGAAGAAUGAAACAUAUUUUAGUAACUGUGAUAAUAUGGGCCCUUUGAUAAUAUGGGCCGUUUAGAUCAAUCC